ACUAUUCAGAUUAAACAUGAGGCGAAAGCAGCGCGCGGGCUGAGACGCGGGAAGAUUUACGCGCUCUUUUUUGUGUGUGUGUGUGAACGCGUAACUAUUUCGCGGCGCCAGGACACACGCGGUGACGCGACGCGCACUCAAAUAUGGCUACCGUCGGAGUGCGAGGAGCUACAACUUUAAUAUCUGUCUCUUGUUAAAUAUUGUUUUUUUAUUUUUUAAUCUUUAACGAUGUGAUUUCCCUCCCUGUUCUAAACGGGAUACACACCGGGGAGACGCUUCUCCUGACUGUAUGGACGCGCUGAACUUCGGAAAACGGGAACGGAUAUUCCGUGUUAUUGUGGAUGUGUGUGUGUGUGUGUGUCUUAUAAACACUGGUGUCUAUUUUUUUUUUUGUUGAAAAUUGCCAGCUUCAAAACGGAUUAAUCCUGGAUCGAAUUUAACACGUUGUGUGUGUGUGAUCUGGUUUUUAUUAUAUUUUUCAUGGAAAUAAGGGUUUCUCUCACUGCCUCGGGAUUAUAUAUGUGUUUCUAUUAUAUACUGCUGAGGGGAAAAAAAGCCGAGCAUCGUUGGGAAGAAAAGCCGAACACACACACAUACACACACACACACACGCAGAAGCGGCGCAGGGAUGUGAAAACCCUGAAGGAUCUCGCGAUGUGGGAAUGAAUAAAGCGGAAUAAGAAACAUAUAUACAGUAAUACAAAUACAAAAAAAACAAAAACAACAACAGAAAAACGCAACUGUUCCAUUCCGGAAUCGGGACGGAUUCACACUACGCGAACUGGAUUACGGAAUAUAUCUGGAUGCUCCCGUUACAUGUUCGACCAAGAUUCGGAGUAUAAACUGGGAUUUUAUUUUUCAAAAUCCAGGAGUCUUAAUGUCGACAUAGUGGUCUCCCCCCCCCUCACCCCCACUCCUACCCCACUCCCCUUCUCCUCCUCCUCCUCCUUUUCCACCACCUUCUCCUUCUUCUUCUGGUUCUCCUCACAAAACACUAAAAAAAACCGAAACAAACUCCCCCCGUGUAUGUCCUCAACCACAUUAAUGACAUGAAGGACAUACACUCCUAGUAUUAUUUAAUAAAAGAAUGUCAUCAGAGGAGAAGAUUCCUGAUUCCUCUGAUAAAGGACCCUCGCCACCACUGGGUGGAUCUGUGGCCACGCCCACAGGAAGUCCCGCCCACAAUGACAGGAGGCCCCGAGGCCGACCUCGAAAGGAUGCUGGAUCCACUCCCAGACAGAGGCGGAAUCGAGGCAGAGGGAAGGCCGUGCUGGAGGAUGAGGACAGCGCUGACGGGAUGGACAGCGGAGGAGCGCAGGAGCUCGACGGUAGAGGAGUGCAGCAGGAGGAGUGUGAGGGCGUGGCCACGGCGUCUCUUCCCGGAGACGGAGAGGAGGAAGUUCGUCCUGCACCGCGUGUUUCCCCGAACCCGGAGAUGGAGGAGGCGGGAACAUCAGCGGCCUGUGGAGGAGAUAAAAGCAGCGAGCGGCUCUGUGCCUUUUGUUACUGCGGAGCACGAAGUCUGCUCGGUCAGGGUGAACUGAAGCUCUUCAAGGCCACGCCAGGAUGCGACCCUGCGCUCCACCGUAACCAUGACGACGGCCAAUCAGGGAAGCCUCGGGUUCUGGAGAGCGGCGGAGCAGAGGACGCGGCCCGCAGGUCCUGGGACGAGCUUCACCACGUGGGUUUACCCGAGGACGUAGACGUCCGGUCUCUCUUCGACGAGUCAGGUCAGUGCUGGGCCCAUCAGCGGUGCGCUCUGUGGUCGGAGGGUGUGUGUCAGGCGGAGGACCAAACACUGCUCUAUGUGGACAGAGCCAUCCACUCAGGGAGCACAGAGCAUUGUGCAUAUUGUAAGCGCCUUGGAGCAUCCAUUAAGUGCUGUGAGGAGGGGUGUGAGCGUUCGUACCAUUAUCCGUGUGCGGGGGCAGCCGGAACCUUCCAGGACUUCAGGAAGCGCUCCGUCCUGUGUACAGACCACCUCGAGCUCGCCUUCAGUAAAUCAGCGGAGGAGGCGCACUGUGUGCUGUGUGAGAGUCCGGGAGAUUUAAUGGACCAGCUGUUCUGCACCAGCUGCGGUCUUCAUUACCACGGCAUGUGUUUGGACAUCAGCGUGACUCCUCUGAAGCGAGCGGGCUGGCAGUGUCCGGAGUGUAAAGUGUGCCAGACGUGCAAGAACCCCGGGGAGGACACGAAGAUGCUGGUGUGUGACAUGUGCGAUAAAGGCUAUCACACCUUCUGCCUGCAGCCCGUCAUGGACUCCAUCCCCACCAACGGAUGGAGGUGUAAGAACUGCCGAGUGUGUGUGCAGUGUGGCACUCGGAGCAGCAGUCUGCUGUGUGAGAGCUGCUCCGGGCAGCACGACUCGACUCCGCUCUGCUCCCUGUGUGCCGGAAACCUGGAGGCCGAGCUCCAUAAAGACCUGCUCUCCUGCCAUCACUGCAAAAGGUGUUUUCACGCUGAGUGUGAGCGGCAGGUGGAGGGUCACGUGGAGCUCCAGGCCGGAGAGGAUUACGUGUGUUCGAUGUGUAAACAUGCCAGCGUCGGGCCAGGAUCCACACUCGCGGAGACGGAGAAGCAGGAAGCAAACAUGGACGUCGAAACGGAAACGCAGUCAGCACAAUCAGACAUGGACUGUGAACCCGCUCAGACGGACAGCACAGAACCGGGACGGACCGUCACCGAGCCGCGGUGUGAGGAGAAGGAGGAGGACAAGGAGGACGUGACGGAGCACAAGGAGUCCGAGGUGUGUGCAGAAAAGAGCUGUGAAAAAUCCCUACAGGAGGUCAGUGAAGCGUCACCGAAAGGCCCCACGGGUGAAAAGGUUCCAGCCACAGAGCCUCCUCAGGACACGAAGCCAGCUGGUAGUCCAGGAGCUCCUCAGCAGGAGCCAGGUCCAUCCCCUGAGCCACCCUCAAGCCAAUCUUUCACUCAGUCCAUAAAAGCAGAGUUGCCUCAUCACCCAGAGAGCCCAUCAUCGUCUGGAGCUCCAGAAACAUCAUCUCUCCAAGGGGAGGAGCUGAGUUCGAGUCUGGAGGAAAAGAAAACCAUCACACCAGCCACCAAAGACCUCACAUCGAUCUCUGAACCUUCUAAUGAGGAACCGAUGGACGUAUCAUUUUCUACAGUUGAAGAAGCGUCCAUUGAGGAUAAAGCAAAUUCUGUGCCAAAGGUAGAGGAGGUGAAAAACACGGGCCUCUUUGAGGAGAAAAAGUCAGAGAGCGUCACUCCCAUCGAGCAAGAAAAGGUUCCUGAGGAAGCUGAAAGAUCGACGGAACCUCUUACGUUGGAGGAGCGAGAAAGUGUCACGGAAGAUCCUGCGGUGCCGCAACAUCACACGCCUUCAGAAGUCAGCCUGAAGGAAAACGAUUUGGACGCCAUGCUGGUGGAUGAACAGGCUAAGUCCUGUGUGGGCCUCCUCGUAGAGCAGCAGGAGAGAAGUGCUGAGGAAUGUAACAAGUCUUCUGACAGUUUCUCUGUGGAGAAACAUGAAGGAGCAUCUGAUGGUGUCAAAACAGAGGUUCCUUCUGAAGGCCACGUGGUGGCACCAUGUGAAAGCCAUGCAGUGAAGGAGCAUGAGAAAGGCCUCACGGUGCGGAAGAGCGAGUUUCCAGUGGAGGAGCGUAAAAAAUCUUCUGAAGAUCUUGGUCAGGUGAUGGACUUCAGUAUGGAUGGUGAGAGAAGCUUGGCGAAGCUGAGCUCGCUGGUGGAAGAGAGAACGUCACUGAAGCCUUCAGUGGUCAGGCAGCCAGAGAGUUUCCACUGCUCCGUAAUCAACCCCCAAAACCUGUCUGCUCUCGGGGAACCAACCAGCAACGUGCCUUCAGCCACUUUCAUACCACUUACGCCCAAAAUUGGCAUGGGCAAACCCGCCAUCUCCAAGAGGAAGUUCUCACCUGGAAGACCCAGGGUCAAGCAGGGAGGAUGGAGUGCGUCUCCUAGACUGAGCUCCCCCUCUCCGUCCCCGGUUUGGGACGGCCCAAAAAGCAGACAGGACCAGAACAUGGGCGUCUGGAGCAUCCGUGUGGGUCGGGGUUCAGGAUUCCCUGGCAGGAGGAGACCCAGAGGGGCAUGGCUUACAGGUAGAGGUGGGCGUGGCCGAUCCAGGAUGAAGAACGGAGUGGGUCCGGUUCCAGCGCCGGGAGUGGGCGCCAUGGAGCCGCAGAUCUACCAGUUCCGAGAGGAAGAAGAGAACUCCAUGCACAACACGGUGGUGAUUUUCUCCAGCACAGACACCUUUACGCUAAAACAGGACAUGUGUGUGGUGUGUGGGAGUUUCGGGCAGGGGGUGGAGGGCCGCCUUCUUGCCUGCGCCCAGUGUGGACAGUGUUACCACCCGUACUGCGUUAACAUCAAGAUCACAAAAGUGGUCCUGAGUAAAGGCUGGCGGUGUUUGGAGUGUACAGUGUGCGAGGCGUGCGGUCAGGCGAGCGACCCUGGGCGCCUUCUGUUGUGUGACGAGUGUGACAUCAGCUACCACACCUACUGCCUGGACCCGCCCCUUCAGAACGUCCCGAGCGGCAGCUGGAAGUGCAAAUGGUGUGUAUCGUGCACCCAGUGUGGCGCCACCUCGCCGGGGCUGAGGUGCGAGUGGCAGAAUAACUACACUCAGUGUGCGCCGUGUGCCAGCCUGACUUCCUGCCCCGUCUGUCUGCUGGACUACAGCGAGGACGAGAUCAUCCUGCAGUGCCGCCAGUGUGACAGAUGGAUGCACGCCUCGUGCCAAGGCUUCCACUCCGAGGAGGAGGUGGAGAAAAUCUCCGACACCAGCUUCGACUGCAGUUUGUGCCAAGGCCAAGGCCCGCUCUCUCCAGCACCAGUACCCAAACCCCAUGUGGAAUUCUCUCCCGAGCUUCCUGUUACUCCGCAGAUCUCUGUAAAGCCGAGGGAUUUGGGUUUAAUGAGAACGUACACGCAGGACGGCGUGUGUCUCACCGAAUCGGGUCUGUCCCAGCUCCAGAGCCUGGCCAACUCCGCCUCUAGGCGAAGAAAGACCAAGCCCAAGCUCACGUUGAAGAUCAUCAACCAGAACAGCGUGGCCGUGCUGCAGACGCCGCCAGACCCUCAAAGCGAACUCUCCCGAGAUGUCGACCUCGACGACAGCAGAGAAGCGGAGCUGGUGGAUGGAGAAGGAAAGUCCGACUCGAGCCCAGAGAGAGAGAUAGCAGGUGAGGACGAGUCUAAAGGAGGCGAUGGCUGUAAGAAGAGGAAGAGGAAGCCGUAUCGGCCCGGUAUCGGAGGCUUUAUGGUGAGGCAGAGGAACCGAACAGGCCAAAGUAAAGCUAAACCGGCUUUGAGCAGGAAGGACUCGAGCGGCUCCGUGUCCGAAACGCAGCAGGGCAGAGAUGACGGCUGGGCCGACCUGAUGCCAGACGCGCCGCUGGACGAGAAACCUUCUAUCGCCGACUUCCCUGAAAAUCCAGAGGUCAAAGUGCGUAAGCGCUACAGGAAGAAGAAGACCAAGCUAGAAGAAGCGUUUCCUACCUACCUGCAGGAGGCUUUUUUCGGGAAAGACCUCCUGGAUAAAAGCAAGCAGAGCAGGCAGGAGACCACGGGUGUGUUACAGGAGGAUAAGGACAGGAAGCAGCAGAACCCCGGUGCGAUGAAGCUGCCCUCCAACGCCUCACUCUGCACGUCUACGCCGCAUCCCAGUAAAGCUGCAGCGCUACGGAGUUGUGAGGAGCCGCUGGUGGAUCUGUCCGAGGUGCUGAAAUCGGACACCGAGCUGUUGGGAAUGCUGUCUGAUAACAUGGGCAAACAGACCGAGGAGUCCGGUCUUGAUUUUUGCCCUUUCCAGGUUGACUGCUCUCCCUCUCCGUUUGAAGAGCCUUCGGUUUCUUCUCAGUCGAACCAGGGACGGGUGUCUCAUCAGGACGAGCCGCUGGACGGCAUCCUGAGCCCCGAACUGGACAAGAUGGUGACGGACGAAUCCAUCCUGAGCAGACUGUAUAAAAUCCCAGAGCUGGAGGGAAAGGAUGUCGAGGAUCUCUUCACCGCCGUGUUGAGCCCCAGCACCACUCAAGCUCCUCCCCAAACCCAGGGAACACACGCCAUACACGGGCAUCCAGGACAGGGGCCUCCGCCCACCCAGAUCAACUCAGGAAUGUUUCCCAGAAUGCCAGUGAUAAAUGGACUGAUGAGCCCCAAUCAGCAGUUCCCUCCCGGGGCGGACGUAGGGCGAAACUUCCCUCCCAUGCAACGCAUGCCUUUUUCUGACAAUCUGAGGGACAGGAAGUUUGGUCCUAUGUCACGGGAUGCGGCUGGUCCUUGGUCGGCCACAGGUCCAGGUUCCAGUCCUGCUCCGGUUCCAGUUCCGGCUCCAGCAGCCGAGGGAGAGACGGAUUCUUUAUCCACGGCUCAGAAGAGCAUGCUAAAGUGGGAGAAAGAGGAGACACUGGGAGAACUCGCUACUGUCGCCCCAGUCCUCUACACGAAUGUCAACUUCCCCAAUCUCAAAGAGGAAUACCCAGACUGGCAAACACGAGUGAAACAAAUCGCCAAGCUGUGGAGAAAAGCCAGUGCCCAAGACCGAGCUCCAUAUGUGCAAAAAGCUCGGGAUAACAGAGCGGCGCUACGCAUCAACAAAGUCCAAAUGUCUAACGAGACGAUCAAGAGGCAGCAACAGCCACAGACCUCGCAGCCUUUGGAGGUGUUUGAUCCUGCUAUUCCUCCUCUGGACCCUGAGCUUCUCUUCAAGGAUCCUCUUAAGCACAAGGAAUCUGAACAGGAACAGGAAUGGAAGAUGAGACAGCAAAUGAGACAGAAAAGUAAGCAACAAGCCAAGAUUGAAGCUACACAAAAACUUGAGCAGGUAAAGAACGAGCAGCUUCAACAGCAGCAACAGCAGCAGCUCAAAGCGGGUCAGACUGACCUUGACGGGUCCGGUAGCCUCCAGAGUCCAGCUUCAUCACAGUCCAGCAAUGGGAACAUGUCUCCUAUGCAGUCCACUUCCAAAAAUGGGUUCUCUAAACCACACCUCCCAGGAACUCCCACAGCGGGGUCCCCAGAUGACGUCUUUUUACGUCCGCACCCUCCUCCUCCAUCUUCAGGAUCCCAGCCACAGUCCCCCCAGAUGUUCUCUCCAGGAUCUUCUGGUUCUAGGCCAUCAUCACCCUGGGAUCCUUAUACCAAAAUGGUCGGCACGCCAAGACCACCACCAAGUGGCCCGGGUGCUGUCCGUCGGAACUCCGAAUCUGGGAAAUCACCCAGGAGUCUCUCGGAGGAUAGGGGGAAACCUUCGUCGGUACAUGAAUCUAUCGGUUCACCAACAGCCCUUAAUGUUGAUCCAUAUGCAAAGCCUCCAGACACACCAAGGCCUGCAGGUCCAGCAGACCCCUUUCUUAAGCCUAUGUGCCCUCCCAGGAUGGGUCAGCCUGUUGAAGGGAGACAUAUAAUUGGGUCUCCAGGGCACGAUCCAUACUCCAGGGGAGCCAUGAGAAAGGAAGCAUACUCACGAAUUCCUCCUGGCAAGAUGAUACUUUCAGAUCCAUAUGCCCGCCCUCUACUCGCUCCCAUCCCAGGAAGUAAUGAAUCUGGGUCUGUCCAGCCCUUCAAAGCCCCCAUGCCUCCAUCUCAUCCUCAGGACUCAAAUGCAGCCAUGCAUUCCAGAAGACCAAGCGGGGAUCCCUUUGAAAGACCAAUGGUACCCCCUCGUCCCCCAGAAGCUUUUGCACAGAAUCAGCAGAAUGACCCAUAUGCACAUCCUCCACUAACUCCGCAUCCUCUGAUAAAUGAAGGUUUUGAGAAUCAAACAAGAGUUACACGGCAACCUCAGCCUCACCCUUUUGCACAGCCAGGGCAAAUGGCACAUCAGUCCACUGGAAACCCAUAUGCACGUACCCCCUCAACUCCUAGACCAGAUUUCUCUCAUUGUGAUCCUUUUGCCCAGUCCCCAUAUUCUAAUCCAUAUGCCCGAAUGCCAGGAACUCCGAGACCGCAUGACCCUGAACCUUACUCUCGCCAAUCUGCAACACCACAUCCCAUCAUGAUGAACCAAUCUUCACAGCAAACACAGAAUCGCAUGCAGUCUCCCAUGUCGUUGGAUCCAUAUGCACAGCAGCCUGGAACACCUCACCCAGGGGUACCAGAAAGGUUCCCAAGACCCCAAAAUUACCAAAGGAAUCAAGACCCAUUUAUUCAUCCCCCUGCAAUGACUCGACCACGAGGACCUGACCCUCAUGCUCAGCCAGUAGGAGUAAUCCAUGAUCCAUUUUCACAAGGCCCCAGGACACCUCAUCCUGGAGGUCCAGCGCAGGGUAUACGACCAGGAUCCUUGCCCACUCAGGAUGCGUUUUCUCCACCUCAGGUCUUGAUGCAGGAUACAUUUGCAAGUCCAGCAGUUCCAGGAUCUCAGACUCCACGACACCCUGGUCUGGCAGAUGAAAACAAUAUGUCUCAGUCACCAUCAAGUCAGCCAAACCAGACUCCAGUUCAUGACCCAUUUGAACAGUCACCCAUGAAUCCUCACCCUCAGUUUUCAGAAAAUAGGGAGCAACAAGGGUUGGGACACACCACUGUAGCAAUAGGACAGCCAAACCUAGAUGUUCAAACUGUUCCACUUGCAGAAGCUGAGGAAAGGCUGAGACAGCGUCAACGUAUCCGAGAGCUGCUUCUAAGACAGCAGCAGCAGAAAAGUGCCAUUCGUCAGGAAAAGAUCCCACAGGAGCAACCGGUGCCUGUAGCUCCAGGAACCCCUCAACACUGGACUCAAGAAGCUAGAGGUCUGCAGAAUGACAUAUUCAACCGACCACCUCCACCAUAUCCGGGUCCAGGAGCUGUACGAAGCCCACAGAGAUUUCAUGGACCAUACCCAGGAGAGCAGCGAGGCCCUUUUCCUGAUGGGCAAUUUCCAAGACCUCAGUUUCCAGGAGACACAAAUAACCUGAGGCAGCCAGGACCUAGGUUGGGCUUUCCCUCCGGUGUUCAAGGGCCUGGUUUAAGACCCCCUAUGAAUCAAAUGCAAGAUUCAAUGAUGGAAGGUCAUCCACAAAUGAGAAGGUCCAUGUCCAUAGAUCUGGGCAAAUCAUUAGGAGGUAACCCAAUGGGACUACAGCCUUUAUCGCAUCAAGGCAUGGAUAUGCAGCAACACAAUAUCAUGGGUCAACCUUUUAUAGAACUCAGACACAGACCUCCUGAGAGCAGGUUGCGGCUUUCUUUUGGACCUCCUGUAAUGCAGGGAAACCGAAUAGAAUCACCCUCUCAGCGACCUUUAGGUUUCAUGAGUGGAACAGAAAUGGGCUUUUCAAACAAUCAGGGUCCUAAACCCAUGGAUUCUAAUAUAAGUCAAACUCAGGGAGUAGGUGCAGAUAUGCAUGGGACGAUGGGUAUGGAAAACUUGCAUCAGUCCAAUGUUGCAAUAAGGACCGGGCCAAUUCCGAUCAUGAGGUCAAUGAGCCAACCUGCUUCAAAUGAGACGUUCAGUGGAACCGCCCCAUCAAAUUUUCCUGCACCAUCUUCUGGACCAUCAAGUGAGGUUGAUUUACCAAUAAAUGAAGGAUCUGGGGAGAAAAUUGAUGCAGAUGAAUCAGCUGUGAAGGACCUUGAAGAUGUAGAGGUCAAGGACCUGGUGGAUACAGAUUUAGAGAACCUAAAUCUAGAUGCAGAUGAUGGAAAAGAUCUAGAUUUGGAAGCUAAUGACCUGCACUUAGAUGACAUAUUCUUGACAUCUGGGAAAUUUGAUAUAAUUGCCUACACUGAUGCAGACCUAGACCUUAGUGAGGAUUUGGAUCUUAGUGAUCCCAUUGAUGACCACAACGAUAGUGCUGAACUUCAAAAGGAGCAAGCUGAGAAAAAGCCUGAAAGUCCAAACAAUGGAUCUGUACCUUCUGAUUCUAUUUCUGCAGAAGGAAAGGCUGAGGAAAAACAUGAACUGUCAUUAGAUAAUAUCAAAGAAGAAGAUAAUCAGGUUUAUUUGAAAUCAGAAAAAGAUAUUAAAAUUGAAGUCAAUGGUGGUGUAUCACAAGAGAAUUCUUGCAAAAAUCAAAUCACAAACACUACAGUUGUUACUCAAGGAGACUUUAGAUGUACCACAGAUGCCAUUCCAAAACCUGGUGUCCAUCCAGAAGCUACUCCUGUGUUAUCUAGCUUACUGGUUAAUGUGCCUGCAGAUAAUAAAUCACACAAACAAGAGAACUGUGGUCAGCCAGGGUCUCUUCAAGAAUCUAGCCUACAACAGGCACUUAAUUCAGCUCUUCUAGAUCAAGGAGCUAUGUCUGUACAAGGAGUGAAUUCUGGCUUGGUUGUAGACCAAGCAAUGGUUUCUGCUCAAACUGAGGGUCCAUUAGAUGUGCAUUCAGGUUCCAUCCAGGAUCAGCCUUCAGGUUCUACGUUUGAAGUGGAUCAGAAGGAUGGUCUGCUUUCAGUGGAACAAUCUGCCAUUCUUACUCAGACCCAACAAGCCAUGUUGUCACAGCAGGGCCAGCAGAAUCGACCGCUGCUCCUGGAAGAGCAGCCACUCCUGCUGCAAGAUCUUUUGGAUCAGGAGAGGCAGGAACAGCAGCAGCAGAAGCAGAUGCAGGCUAUGAUAAGACAGCGGUCCAAUGACUCGUUUUUCCCAAAUAUAGAUUUUGAUGCCAUUACUGAUCCUAUCAUGAAAGCAAAGAUGGUGGCCUUAAAAGGAAUCAAUAAAGUAAUGGUUCAAAACAAUAUGGGAAUGUCACAGAUGGUCAUGAACAAAUUUCCAGUGAAUGCUCAAGCAGGUCAGGGAUCACAGGGUUCUGAAGGAUGUGUUCCUCCACAGCCGACACCGGCUCAGGAUGGAAAACUGGCUCCAUAUAUGACAAGACCUAGUCCUCCAAGUUUUGGGCAAGGAUUCACCAAUGAAGCCCAGAAAAUACAGUAUGAAGACUGGCUUCGUGAGACCCAAAAGCUUCUUCAGAUGCAGCAGAAGUUUCUUGAGCAACAGAUUGGGUCUCACAGGAAGUCAAAGAAGGCUUUAUCAGCUAAGCAGAGAACAGCUAAGAAGGCUGGACGGGAAUUUCCUGAGGAGGAUGCUGAGCAACUAAAACAUGUCACAGAGCAGCAGGGUGUGGUGCAGAAACAGCUUGAACAGAUCCGGAAACAACAAAAGGAGCAUGCAGAACUGAUAGAAGAGUACAGAGUCAAACAGCAGCAGGGUACCUUGCAGCCUCAAAUGAUGCCUGGCAUGAUGCCAAUGCAAAGUCAUUCAGGCAUGAUGCCAACUGGCCCUGUAAGCCAACCUGUUAUUGGUCCAGCCAUGCCCAUGCAGAUGCAUCCAAACCAGGCAAACAUUCCCAACAUGCCACCCUGGCGUCCUGGAGCUCCUGGCCCUGUUGGACCUCAGAUGCCUGGUGUAAUGCCUCCUCAGAUGAUGCAAGGCCCUGCUCCUCAGCAAGGAUUACCCAGGCCCGUUCAAAGUCAAGUUGCUGGCGAGUCUCCUCAUGUGAAUUUUGAAGACACAAAUCCAUUUAGUGAAGGUUUUCAGGAACGAGAGAGAAAGGAGAGGCUUCGGGAACAGCAGGAGAGGCAGAGGGUGCAGCUGAUGAAGGAGGUGGAGAGGCAGCGCAUUAAGCAGCGAAUGGAAAUUGAGCAGCAACAUCAGCAAGGUCUCCUCAACCAGGUGCCCUUCUAUAACCAGAACUUGCCUCAGGAAUUCAUGCAACAACAUAGACCUCAGCAGCAAAUGCAAGGGCCAGGAUUUCCUCAGCAACCCGGCAUGCAGCCUGGAAUUGGAGAUCCUACUUCUGCACCCAUAAUGGCAAACGGGCCUUUCCCUCAGGAAAUAAGACCUGGUUUUGGGCCAGAUAACCAAGUACCACAUGGAUCUCAUUUUGUUCAGGGGCAAGCCAGACCACCAAGGUUCCCUGGACCAAAUAUGGUCCAACAUAAUCCAGGUCAUGGUCAUCCUUUUGGUGUAGAAUCAACUGCGACUCUUCCACCAAAUUUUCCAGGAUCUGGUCCAUCCCUGAUUCAGCUUUAUUCAAACAUCAUUCCAGAUGAAAAGGCUAAGAAGAAACGGAACCGCAAGAAGAAGAAUGAUGAGGACUCUGAGUCUUUGAGGGCACCAUCUACACCGCACUCUGAUCUAACUGCCCCACUGACACCCUGUGUAUCAGAUACUUCAUCCACACCCACCAGGAAUGCCUUGCUCUUUGGAGAGCAGGAGCUUUGCGAGACCUCCCAGCCUGGCUCCUCUACUCCAGGCUCUCAGAGCAGCCAGCACCAUUCAGAGUUGGAGCGACAGCUUUCUGAAGGUAGCUACUGUGGAUCAUCUGAAGUAACCAUGAGUCAGCAGGACAUCCAGGACAAGAUUCUUUCUAACAUUAAAUUGGAAAGAAUUGAAACCAGUGACUGUCAUGGUCCAAAGGUCACUGACAUGAACAUUGGUAUGGGCAUGGUAAAAGUGGAAGGGGACAAGGAAGGUGCGUCGCCACAUCCGCUGGGACAAAGUCCAGCCGGGAGCUCAAAAGGGGAAGGUGGGAAUGAGCUCCUGAAACAUCUCCUGAAGAACAAGAAGACACCUCCACCUCUACUGCCACACCAAAAGUCUGAGGAUAGCAUGAGAUCAGAGGAGGAAACCUCAACAGACAGCAAGGCCCUUUUGAGACAGAGCUCCAUAGACAGCAGCGGGACCUUCUCAGACAGCCAGCUUUCGUUUAAUCCUGACUUCAGCAGCCCAUUAAUGUCAGAAGACAAGAAAAAGCAAAGGACCAAGCGUGCACCUAGGAGUGGAGACCGUCCAGCCCCUCGCUCCAAAAAGAGAAAGAAGGACGAGGAUGACAGACAAUCCAUGUAUUCGUCCAGUGAACCAGUAAUGACCAGUCUGAAACAGCAGCAGCCCUCUCUCUUGCCCCUGAUGGAGCCUCUGGUCGGUGUAAAUUUUGCCCAUUUUGUGCCCUAUGGCAGCGGGCAGCUAGACGGAGAAAGCCGUCUUUCGGGCACUUUUGGAAGUGCCUCACUGGACGGAAUGUCGGAUUAUUACUCUCAACUCAUUUACAAACAGAACAACCUGAGUAACCCCCCAACCCCUCCAGCGUCUUUGCCUCCCACACCUCCGCCCGUGGCACGCCAGAAGUUGCUCAACGGCUUCGCCACCACAGAGGAACUGGCCAGUAAAGCAGCAGUGGUGGGUGGCCAUGAAGUGGCCAAAGGUCUGCCUUCAAGACCGCUGCACGUACCUUUUAAGACCGAGGAGGAGCUCUUUGCCAGAGCACUCGCUCAUGGACCGAAAACAGUGGACGUACCUGCGUCGUUACCAACGCCUCCCCACAACAACCAGGAAGAGCUAAGGGGCCAGGAGCACUGUGAGGACAGGGACACGCCAGACAGUUUUGUUCCCUCGUCAUCUCCGGAGAGCGUGGUUGGCAUGGAGAUCAGCCGCUAUCCGGAUCUGUCUCUGGUCAAACAGGAGCCUCCGUCUCCGUCACUCUCUCCAGUUAUGCCCAUGUUCCCGAAAUCCAGAGGGAACGGCUCUGAGACUAAGCUGAGGGAGAUUAAAACCGAGCCUUCAUCUAUGUUCUUUGGUUCUCCGUUCGGAACGCCGCAGAACGGACCUGGCCUCGUUUCCAUAGCUAUCACGCUGAAGCCCGUCGCUGCAGAGAAUAUCACUGACGUGGUCGCGGCCAUCGCCGACCUCAUCCGGGUGAAGAUCCCAAGCAGUUAUGAAGUGAGCGGUGGACCGUGGCCGCAUGGAAGUCUGGGUACACAUAAGGCGUUGGUGCAAGGCCUCGAGCCACGUCUAGGACAGUCUCAUGUGGCACAAAGGAUGAACACUCAUGCAGGAGCACAACAACAUCACCUGGAUAAAAGUCCGAUGCGAGGCAGAGAGCAGUUUCGAGACAGCUCAGGCAGCCCGGGUGCGAAACCGCAGUGGUGCCGGCAUUGUAAAGUGGUCAUCCUGGGAGGUGGCGUGAGGAACCCUAAGGAGCAUCAAAGCAAAGCACAGGACUCUCAGCCAAGCUCUGAUGGAAAUCUGGUGUUCUGCAGCCACAGUUGUCUCAUCCUGCACUCAUCCUCACAGUCCAAAGGCAGCGGUGACGCCAAGGCAUCUGUGGCGCUGCUUUCAGAGCUUUCUACUAAAGGAAGUCCAUCCAAGGCGCAUCACCAGUACAACAACAACAUGUCCUCUUUAGACGUGCACUGUUUGGCCCAGCUCCAGCCCAAGACUCUGCCUCCUUCUCGUCCUGGAGUCCACAUCCCUCCUGCUCCUGUAAAAUCGCAGCCCAAACCGGAGCCGAGCCUUCACGACGGGCAGAAUAUCAAAGUAACCGUCAAGCUCAAGCCUCGUUCCCAGAGCCAAUCAGACGAGAAGCCUUGGCAUCACGGGAAACGCUGGAAAGGCCUGCGUUGGCGCAAGUGGACAAUGCAGAUCGUGGUGCCGAAAAUCGGAUCUCCGGCACCAGAAAAAGCAGUGGAGGAUCUCCUGCUUCAGCUCAACUCAUCUCUGCGUCCUUGCUCGUCUCUGCGGGACCGGCGUCGCUGCUGCUUCUGCCAUCAGGAGGGUGACGGGGUGACAGACGGUGCCGCUCGCCUCCUCAACUUGGACCUGGACACGUGGGUUCAUCUAAAUUGUGCCCUCUGGUCUUCUGAGGUGUAUGAAACCCAAGCAGGUGCCCUGAUCAAUGUCGAGCAGGCACGUCAGCGAGGUCGAACCAUUUCCUGCGCCUUCUGCCAACGCUUGGGCGCUACCAGCGGCUGCCACCGACUCCGCUGCCUCAAUGUUUACCACUUCACAUGCGCUUUGCAGGCUGGAUGCACCUUUUUCAAGGACAAGACUAUGCUUUGCCACCAGCAUCGGCCCAGGAUCUCCGGUUCGGGUGCCCUUUUGCACCUUGAGGACCAGCAGUUGCGCUGUUUUUCUGUUUUCCGCCGUGUCUAUGUCCAGCGCGACGAGCUACGCCAGCUCGCCGCCGCUGUCCAGCGUCCUGAACUCGGACACACCUUUCGCAUAGGCAGCCUGCUCUUUCACACCAUGGGGCAGCUUCCACCUGCCCUGAUGCCCCAUUUUCAUUCAUCCACCACCCUUUUCCCACCUGGGUACGAGGCUAGCCGUCUGUACUGGAGUAUGAGGCACGGGUGCCGCCGCUGCCGCUAUGUGUGCACCGUUGAGGAGCGCCAAGGGCGGCCAGAGUUCUGCAUUCGAGUCCUAGAGAAGGGCUACGAAGACCUGCUGCUCACCGACACCACGGCUAAAGGAGUGUGGGAUAAAGUCCUGGGCUCUGUAGCAGAACGCAGGGCGGAAACCGGAAUGCUGCGUCUUUUCCCGAUCUACCUGAAAGGAGAAGAUCUGUUUGGUCUCACCGUCUCCGCAGUGACACGCAUUGCAGAAUCGCUGCCGGGCGUGCACGCUUGUUCGAGGUAUCGCUUCCGUUACGGCCGCAACCCGAUGCUGGAGCUUCCUUUAUCCAUCAACCCCUCAGGCAGCGCCCGGUCCGAGCUCAGGAGCUACCCGCAGGGUCAAAGGCUGGGGAUCUUAUCCUCGUGGAACCGGACGUCAUUAGCCAUCCAGAACUCGGCUCCUCCGGAGGCCGGCUCGUCCCACAGCAAACACUUUGUCCACUCGAAGUCAUCUCAGUACCGCCGGCUGAGCAGCGAGUGGAGGGGCAACGUUUACCUCGCUCACUCGCGCAUCCAGGGCCUGGGACUGUUUGCCGCUCGGGACAUUGAGAAGCAGACGAUGGUGAUCGAGUACCUCGGAAACAUCCUCCGGAACGAAGUGGCCAUGAGGAAGGAGCUGCACUACAAAACCAAGAACCGGGCGGUGUUCAUGUUCCGCAUCGACGGCGACUAUGUGAUCGACGCCACCUGCUCCGGAAGCCCUGCGAGGUACAUCAAUCAUUCCUGCUCACCAAACUGUGUGGCGGAGGUCGUGACCUUCGAGCGAGGCUACAAAAUCAUCAUCAGCUCCAACCGCAGGAUCGAGAAAGGAGAAGAGCUCUGCUACGAUUACAAACUGGCUCUGGUGGACAACCACAGCAAGAUGGCGUGUCUGUGCGGCGCCGCUAACUGCCGCAAGUGGAUGAACUAGAUCACGUUCGUUUCAGGAAAAUGAACGUCAUUAGGAAGGAGGAGCAGUCAUGAAACAUAGCAGUGACGAGACACCAGACAUUUUCUAGAGUCUAGAAAGAAGAAGAAGAAAUGAGAUGAGGAGGCGGAGGAUCGUUUUUGUGCGAAAUCAAAAGGAAAACACACGUUUUGUGUGUUAGAGCCAUUUGUAUCGUUCUCUGGAGGAGGUUCGAUUCAACCUGCAUGUGCCAUGUGUGCGUGAGAGUGUGUGUGUGUGUGUCUAUUAAUGGGAAAAUUUCACCAGCGAAUGAGACGUGAGAGACGAGAGCGAGAGCGAUCACUGUACCGGUUAUGCCUUAUUGGUUGAAAAAGUGGGCGGAGCUGUCCGCGACUGUAACGUAGAACAUCACUGAACGAAGAAUGUAAGGACUUCCGCAAAGGGAAAAGAAAAAAAAACUAAAUGUAACUUGCACUAAAACAAGAAAAAAAGAAGAGGAAGAAGAAGAAAACAGACAAAACUCAAAUGAAAAAAAUACUUGAUUCCAUGAGUCAGUUUUAAUCCUACGUUUUUUUGUUUUGCAAUAUUUGUGUGUGUGUGCGUGUAUGAGAGUAUGUAAAAGAAGAAAUAAUUGUGUUUUUUGUAUUUAUUACUGUGUGAGUGAAUGAGUGCGCCUAUUUUUUAAUGAUGUGAUAGAUUUAAACGAGAAAAAUGAAAAGAAAAAAAUCAAGGAACAAAAAAAAGAAACCAGAGACUGCGAAGAAUGAUGAAGAGAUUCUCUUAUGCCUGUAAAUAACUGUACAUAUACGAAAAAUAUCGGAAUGACGAUCGACCAAAUACUACCUUAUUCAUAUUGAUGUUUUAGAUGUGCUCCGUUUUUUUUUUUCUUUUUCUGUUUUGUUCUUCUCGCUUUCUUUGGAAGAAUUAUUUAAUGCGGAUGCGUCUGGUAUUCGUCUCAGAGGUUAUUUAAAAAAAAAAAACUAAAAAAAAAACAAAACGAUUAUUCUGUACAGAAUUGCAAAGAAAUUUCAGUAAGUAUUUUUUUCUCUGUAUGGUAUCGUAGUGAUUUUUGUGAUGCGUUCUGACCACUUGAAAAAAAAACUCGUUGUUUUUUGUUUGUUUUUUUUUCCUUUUGUUUCUGCAUAGCUAACUUCGUAAGGGCUUCGUAACACAUGCAUAAGUAAUGAAUUGCACGUUUAUAGGAUUAUUUAUAUAUAUAUAUAUAUAUAUAUAUAUAGAUGCAGUAUAUAGAUGGAUAGAUAGACGUUUCCUAUUUGUGUGUGCAUGUGCCCAAGUAUGAAGUAGCACAAGUGCUGAGCAAAUCGAAACGCACAUUAUAAAAGCCAUGAUGAAAAAACGCGUUAUUACGCAUCCUGGAAACAAGCUAGCUGAUCACGAAGCGAAUUCUUCACGAACGCUUGUAUGUACAGUUAAGUGGUGUUACACUUAUGUGAAGGAUACUUUUUUGCGUUUUUUUUCUGUUGUUAAUGUUUGUUUGUUGUAUAUUUUUACGAAACGACUUAAAGUAAAGUCGGUCAAAUAACUCGAUUGAUUUUAACUUAUUCUUGUUUGCAAGCAAGUUAAAAUACAUACACAUAUAUAUACAUGAAAAAUAUACGUGUGUAUGUUUAUAUCCUUGUACGUUAUUCAGUGGCUGCGAUUCAACACUUGCGCAUGUGUCAUGAAGUCGUUAUGUAGCUAGCCUUUAAAUAACACGUUACCAAAAAAACAACAAAAAAAAAACAUAUAACAAACGUUUUUUGCGGACAAAGUUAUCACGAUCAGGCACAACUUUUAUGUUUAUAAUCUAAUAUGCUUUUAGAUUAAUCAUGACUUAUUGUAAUUGCUGUUGUUAUUAUUAUAAUUUUAAAUGUACAUAGAGAUCGUUGAAGUUACAAUUGCCAAUAUUCAAGGCGUCAACGGUUUUUUUCUUUUCUGUCAUUUUUGUGGUGACAGAGCGAGCUCCUUCUCCGAGGAGAACCUGGCAAAGUGUCCGUGAUAACUAUAACGAUGACGCAAUGAUGUAAUAUGAUGAUGAUGAUGUAAUUUAUACCGGACUAUCAGCGCACACGCCGGUAAUAUUGUCUUGUUCGUGUUUCACACUUAAACUCGUUUUUGAAAUCAUUUUCUUUCCUUCUCUCUUGUACACAACCCAGUUUUACCCCGAAUUGUACAGGGCAUGUUUUAGUUUCUUUUCUUUCUUUUCCACAAAGACUCAGUUGUAUAUAUUUUGAACAGCUGUAUCAAAAAAAUGUUUCCUGAAUAUUUUUCUCGUCUUGUAAAAUAUGUCAACCUUUUUCCCCCAGUGGUGUUUUUUUUCCCCCUCUCCGCUUGUAUAGUAGGUCUCACCAGUUUUGGACAAAAUGAAGCCUUUUGAAGUACACAGAGCGAUUAUAGGGUUUGGUAUUCAAGGAACUGAAUUUAGGAGCAUUUACAGAAAAUAAAUAAAAAAUAUUUUACAUCA